CAGAGGCAGUGAACCGCUGCUGCAUCCUCCCCUUUUCUCGUCAUCCUCUGCACUCUCGCCGUCGCCUUCGAUAACCUCCUCCACAUUCGUCCUCUCCGUGCCACAUCUGUUAUUUAUAUCUGGUAUCGUGGCUCGUCAACAUGAAGGGAAUCUCGAAGGCGUUCGCUCGCACACCGCACCUGCUGACCACCAAGGUUGGCAUGUCCAAGAAGUCUUCCGAUCCGGAAUUCGACGACUUCUUCCGCCGCUUUGCCUCAGUGGAGACCGCUACCGACAAGCUCAUCAAAGAUACCAAAGCUUAUAACGAAGCUGUCAACAACCUGUUCACGUACGGUGCUGGAUUCGCUGAACACUUUGCGAUUCUCUUCCGCCCAUUGAAUGGAGAAUACGAUCUGAGUGGCAAGCAUCCGGAGGCCGAGCAUACGAUCCAGAACGUUGAUGCCUACGAGGCUGCGCUGCAAGAGCUGAAGGCAUCUGUUGUACCCGAGUUGGAGUUGAUCGAGAGCAGGAUCUUGGCUCCCGUGAAGGAGCUGCAGAGCGUUCUGAAGGUGAUUAGGAAGACGAUCACGAAGCGAGAGCACAAGCUCGUAGACUAUGACCGCUAUAACAACUCUCUCACUAAAUUGCGAGACAAGAAAGAAAAGUCCCUUAAUGACGAGAAACAUCUGUUCAAGCUUGAGCAAGACUUUGAGGUUGCGUCAAACGAGUAUGAAUACAUCAAUACCACACUGAAGACCGAACUACCACGCUUCCUGGUGCAAUGUACACAGUUCAUUGACCCGCUCUUCCACUCGUUCUUCUACAUGCAACUCAACAUCUACUACCUCAUGCUGGAGAAGCUAAGCGGCUUCGCUGAUGGCAAGUAUGACGUUUCCGUUAGCGCAGCCUCGAUUGCGGAGGAAUACGAGUCAAAGCGCAGCGACGCAUGGGAAAGGGUGGAGGGAUUGGGGCUCACCCAGCGUAUCGUUUCUACAUCCAAGAUGAUGCAGGAGCAUCGUACCUCGCAAGGUUUAAACCCAAGUGCGUCUCUCGGUAGGACGGGCACGGGCUCAUCGGCCACAUCUUCUCUCUAUGGCAAGAAAGCGCCCCCUCCGCCGCCCAGCGCAGUCCAAGCGCCGCCACCGCCAUAUUCUCCAUCUUCAUCGUCCUCCGCCAUCGGGACGAUCAAGAAGGCGCCUCCGCCGCCGCCACUCAAGCCAAAGCCGAAGCCUGGAGCGUCGUAUGUGGUUGCGUUGUAUGACUUUACGCCGCAGGCGGAGGGCGACCUGGAGUUUGGCGCUGGAGAUAGGAUAGAGGUGGUUGAGCGUACGGACAGUGUGGAGGAUUGGUGGACUGGAAGGAUCGGUGAUAGGGAGGGUGUGUUCCCAGGAAAUUACGUGCAGGAGGCUUGAUGACGGGAUGCGGUUUCGACUUCUGAGUUUUUUUUCUUGGUUAUUGAACAGAUGCAUGAGCGUGUUGUGCAGUGACAUAUCGGAUCAGUGCAAUACGCGAUGUCUCGCAUCUGGGACACUUCAUGAAUUCUGUCAGCUCAGUCGAUUUCUUCGUGUGGCCUCUAUGCUCUGGUGUUGAGAAUGGGGUACAAAGUAGGAGAACCCGAGAGCAAUCUAUUGUCGCUACAGCCGUGCAAUCGCCAUCAGCGGAAACACCUUCGAUUGAUGGUCAUGCUCCGGCACCAUUCAAUACAGUCGUUCUCCGAGCCUCCGAGGCAACCCCGCCUUUCUCAGCUCGAGCACUGACUCCAGAUCCGUGCAUGUGAUACUCAUCCUCCCUAGCCACUCGCUCUCCCCAGAGAGAGUGACAUGCAUCGGGAUCGGCCAGUACGUAAUUUUUCU